AUGGCCCCCCCUGACCCGUGGGCGCGCGGCGCGGACCCGUGGGCGGCGGCGGCCUCUGCCACGGCGGCCGCGCCGCGGCCUGCGGCCGCGGCGGCGCCGGACCCGGCCCCCGCCGCCAGCGCGGAGCCGCCGAGGCCGAAGGCGGCGGGCGAGGACCCCUUGGCGGGCGGCGACCCGUGGGCGGCCGCCGCCCAGGCCAGCGCGAGGCCGCCGGCGCCGGCCCCGCGGCAGGAGCCGCAGCCGCAGCCGUGGGCGAACUUCCAGAGGACGGGGGCGGGCGCGGCGGGGGGCCAGCGCGGGCGGGCGCAGGCCGAGGGCAAGGAGAAGGGCAAGGGCUCCGAGAGGGUGUCGGAGAGCGGCGGCAAGGCCGGCGCCGGAAAGGGCGCGGGGAGGGCGAAGCAGACGCGGAAGCUGGGCGACUGGUUCGUCCAUCCCGUGGAGGAGGAGCCUGGCCAGUGGGGCUUGGACGGUGGAGGUUCCAGCUCUUCUGGGAUCGGAAGGGGUAAGGCGCUGAUCCAGCCGUCCUGGAAGACGUCGACCGGGCUGACUUCAGGUCAGCCGCCUUCGCUCGCCGAGGAGUACGUCGGCCCGCCACCCGUGCCGCUGUCAGAGUGGCAGAUUGCGCAGGCGAAGCACCGCCAGGCUUGGCUGCACAGGGAGGCCGCCUCGAGGCAGGCCUUUGCAAGCUUCGAAGUGGAGGUGAAGGAGCCCUUCGAUGAGAGCUGGCCGGGAUGUUGGCUCGCGUGCCCGACGAAAGGCGAGGCCCUGCUCGUCCUCAGUUCCAGAGGGGAGGACCUCGUUUAUGUCAUGGCGCACUGCCGUGCCGAGCAAUCGUGCGGCUGGGUACCCGUUGAUCACGUCCAGCCGCUCGGCGGCACGGGGGUGCACGAUUUCUUGGUGCGAUUAAGCGUCGAGGACGUCAGGGGCAGGCCCAUUGGGCUGCAAGUCGCGAAGGCAGAGGGAGCUAUCAGCGGCCUCGUCGUGGUCGACGUGCAGCCGGGCUCCCUGAUAGAACUCUGGAACACGAGGUGCGUGCCCAACUUCGGCAGAAACCAGCUGUUGCUCGGAGACGUCAUAACGUGGGUGAACAACAUGUCCGAGCCAGAGGAUAUGAAGCGCGCCCUGCGUUCCCUCAGCAUCGGCAGCGGCCACCACCUGCGGGCCCGCGUGCUGCGCUGCGCGCUCGCGCCGCCCUGCCGGGAGGAGGAGCUGCGCGCGCUGCUGCGCGCGCGCUCGCACGCUGGGGCGGACGGCGCGGGGGCCUCUGGGGCGGGGUUCGGAGGCUGCCGCGCCUGGUCCGCGGCGGAGGCACACGUUGCCCCAGUGCCCACGGCGCCGACCAGCGCGGGCGCAGGACUCGAGGUCCACGACGAGGAGGGCGCGGCGGACCCUUGGGAUGGCAUGGAGGGCCAGGGCGACGAGCACGGCGCCUCGCCGUGGCAAGACAUGUCGGAGGCGGGCGCCGCUGUGCUCAGUGGGCCCAGCGUCCCGGUUCAGAACCAGCAUGUCCAGCAGGUUCUCGCGGCCGCCGUGUCCAAGAGGCGGGCCGCGGGCACCGUGCCCAGCAAGCCCACCUUCCAGUUUGCGACCGCCGUGUCCAGCAGCUUCUCGCUCGCGGGCGCCCUGUCCGGCUUCGCGGCGCGUGCAGAGGAGACUGCAGGCUCCGCAAUGCCUGUCUGGGAGGCGCCCAAGGGCUUCUUCGUGAACGGUUCGGCCACCAACAGCUUCACGCCCAGCGUCCCGCCCCCCGCGCAUGCCCCUGGCGAGGGUCCCCCCGCGCUGGCAGCGGGCAGCAUGCGCGCGGGAGCCCCCGAGUUCGUGCCGGCGGGCCACGGCAACCUUGCCGUGGUGGCCACGGCAACGCUGCCAGGGCUGAUGGGCGCGGCGGCCGCGCCCAGCGCGGCGGCGGCCCCUGUCGGCGGCGCGGCGGGCGGCGCUGUCGACCCCUGGCAGUUCAGCGACCCCUGGGGUGGCGUGGCCGGGAGGCGGCCCGACGGCAGCCCUCCCGGGGCCGGCCCCGCCGCCCCCGCCGCCCCGCCGAGCAGCACGGGCCUCGAGCACGUCGCCGCUCCAGCUGGCCCCGCGGCAGCAGCGGCCCCGGGCCCGCCGGCCGCUGCGGAGAGCGCGGGUGCCCUGGCGGCGGACGGCGGCGGUGACGGCGGCGCCCGUGCGGAGCCUGCCAGUGAUGACCGCGCCAGUGAGCCCGCUGCUGGCGCGGGCGGCUCCGCGGAAGUGGAUGACCAAGAGGACGAAUCCUUCCUGUGA